UUGCCCAUGGUGGGAUGGCUUCAUCACAUUUCUGAAAUUAAUCAGCACCUUGCCUCAAGAGAAGAGAUGUCUGGGACCGUGGCUGAUAUUUCCCUGGUGCACUGGAAGCAGCAGUGGCUGGAGAAUGGUACCCUGUAUUUCCACGUCUCCAUGAACAGUGCUGAGCAGCUGUCUCGGGUCACUCCACCCACCCUCCAGGAGCCUUCGGAGAUAGUGGAGGAGCAGAUGCACAUUCUUCAUAUCUCUGUCAUGGGUGGUCUGAUUGCUCUGCUCCUGCUUCUGUUAGUCUUCACUGUGGCUCUUUACGCUCAGCGGCGCUGGCACAAACGCCGCCGGAUCCCCCAAAAGAGUGCCAGCACGGAGGCCACGCAUGAGAUCCACUACAUCCCUUCAGUGCUGCUGGGUCCCCAGGCCCGUGAGAGCUUCCGCAACUCACGCCUCCAGGCCCACAAUUCAGUCAUUGGGGUGCCUAUCCGCGAGACUCCCAUCCUGGACGACUACGAGGAUGAGGAAGAGGAGGAGACCCCACGACGAGCAGAACCCAGCACCAGGGAGGAUGAAUUUGGCAGCCAAGUGACACGAACAUUGGAGAGCCUGGGCCGGGGUGGAGAGGAGAAACCUGACUACGAGAAGAAAGCUCCCGAGGUGACACAGGAGACGGUGGAGUCCCUGAUGCAGAAGUUCAAGGAGAGCUUCCGCACCAACACGCCCAUUGAGAUCGGGCAGCUCCAGCCUGCGCUGCGCAGCACGUCGGUGGGGAGACGGAAACGCCGGAGCCGGCCCCGAGGUGGUAUCGGGUUUGGACGUGCCAAAGGAAACUCCGGCUCAGAGGCAGACGAUGAAACCCAGCUAACCUUCUACACUGAGCAGUAUCGGAGCAGGAGGCGAAGCAAAGGUUCGAUGAAGAGCCCCGUGAACAAGACUGCUCUGACCCUCAUUGCCGUCAGCUCCUGCAUCCUGGCCAUGGUGUGCGGCUCCCAGCUGUCCUGCCCUCUGACAGUGAAGGUGACUCUUCAUGUACCUGAGCACUUCAUUGCUGAUGGCAGCAGCUUUGUGGUGAGUGAGGGGAGCUACUUGGACAUCUCCGACUGGUUAAAUCCAGCCAAGCUUUCCCUUUACUAUCAGAUCAACGCCACCUCCCCCUGGGUGAGAGAUCUCUGUGGACAAAGGACCACUGAUGCCUGUGAACAACUCUGUGAUCAAGAGACAGGAGAGUGCAGCUGUCACGAAGGCUAUGCCCCAGACCCUGUCCAUCGUCAUUUGUGUGUGCGCAGUGACUGGGGACACAGUGAAGGGCCUUGGCCCUACACCACACUUGAGAGGGGAUAUGAUUUGGUCACAGGAGAGCAAGCACCAGAGAAGAUACUCAGGUCCACCUAUAGUUUGGGUCAAGGCCUGUGGCUGCCUGUCAGUAAGAGCUUCGUAGUACCCCCUGUGGAGCUUUCUAUCAAUCCUCUCGCCAGCUGCAAGACAGAUGUUCUGGUGACAGAAGAUCCAGCAGAUGUCAGGGAAGAAGCAAUGCUGUCCACCUACUUUGAAACCAUCAAUGACUUGCUCUCCUCUUUUGGGCCAGUCCGAGACUGCUCCCGCAACAACGGUGGCUGUACCCGCAAUUUCAAGUGCGUUUCGGAUCGCAAGGUGGACUCUACGGGCUGUGUGUGCCCUGAGGACCUAAGACCCAUGAAGGACGGCACUGGUUGCUAUGACUACUCCAAAGGGAUCGACUGCUCUGAUGGCUUCAACGGCGGCUGCGAGCAGCUCUGCCUCCAGCAGACCCUUCCUCUGCUGCAUGAUCCCUCGUCCAGCACCAUCUUCAUGUUCUGCGGGUGUGUUGAGGAGUACAAACUGGCCCCGGACGGCAAGUCCUGCAUCAUGUUGUCUGACAUCUGUGAGGGCCCCAAGUGCCUGAAGUCGGAUGCUAAAUUCAACGAUACCCUCUUUGGGGAGAUGCUUCAUGGCUAUAACAACAGGACUCAGCAUGUCAACCAAGGCCAGGUGUUCCAGAUGACUUUCAGGAGCGGGGACUCCCUAAAAUUAAUGACUAGUAAAUUUGGCAUAAGUAAUGGCUACUUCACCUGGUAUAUGUUCAGCCUUUAUAAUUCACUGGUGCCUGAGGUCACGGAGACAAAGUCUCGGAAGCAGGUCCCAGCUUGGUGCGGUGCGGAUGCUCAGGGCAGCGCCGUGUCGGCAGCUCCGCGCGGAGGCUACGGGAUGCUCUCCUGUCCUGCGCCGAGCAAAGAGAUCUGGUGUUUCCCUCCCCUCCGCUCUCCUGUGGCUCGUUCCUCGUUCGCAGGGGCGGGCGUGCGGGCGACGGAGCAGCACGUGCGGGUGGUUGAAGGAGACAUCAAGUACGACGAGGCGAUGGGCUACCCCAUGGUGCAGCACUGGAGGGUCAGAAGCAACCUGUACAGAGUGAAGCUGAGCUCCAUCACCCUCUCGGCAGGCUUUGCAAACAUCCUGAAGAUCCUGAGCAAGGACAGCAGCCGGGAGGAGCUGCUCUCCUUCAUCCAGCAGUUUGGCUCGCACUACAUCGCAGAGGCGCUGUACGGCUCCGAGUUCAGCUGCACCAUCCACUUCCCCAGCAAGAAGGUCCAGCAGCAGCUCUGGCUCCAGUAUCAGAAAGAAACAACUGAGCUUGGGAACAAGAAGGAAUUGAAAUCCAUGCCAUUCAUCACCUACCUCUCUGGCCUGCUGACAGCACAGAUGCUAUCUGAUGACCACCUCAUCUCAGGUGUGGAGAUUCACUGCGAGGAGAAAGGGCGCUGCCCAUCAACCUGCCAUUUGUGCCGGCGUCCAGGCAAGGAGCAGCUCAGCCCUACACCAGUUCUGCUGGAGAUCAACCGGGUGGUGCCUCUGUAUGCUCUGAUCCAGGACAAUGAUACCAGGGAGGCUUUCAAGGGAGCCCUGAUGAGCUCAUACUGGUGCUCGGGGAAAGGCGAUGUUAUCGAAGACUGGUGCAGGUGUGACCUCAACGCCUUCGAUGAGAACGGACUCCCGAACUGCAGCCCUCUCCCUCAGCCUGUUUUGCGACUCUCCCCCACUGUGGAGCCCUCCAGCACGGUAGUCUCUUUAGAGUGGCUGGACGUCCAGCCUGCAAUUGGAACGAAGGUGUCUGACUACGUCCUGCAGCACAAGAAGGUGGAUGAGUACACAGACACAGACCUCUACACAGGAGAGUCGUUGAGCUUUGCGGAUGAUUUGCUUUCUGGCCUUGCAACCUCCUGUGUGGCAGCGGGUAGGAGCCACGGAGACAUCCCUGAAACCAGCCUCUAUUCAGUCAUUUUCAAGUGCCUGGAACCAGAUGGCCUGUACAAAUUUACCCUAUACGCAGUGGAUACGCGAGGGAGACACUCAGAGCUGAGCACAGUCACCCUAAGGACAGCCUGCCCAUUGGUAGAUGACAGCAAGGCAGAAGAGAUAGCUGACAAAAUCUACAACCUCUACAAUGGCUAUACCAGUGGGAAGGAACAGCAGACAGCCUACAACACGCUGAUGGAGGUCUCCGCUUCCAUGCUUUUCCGAGUGCAGCACCACUACAACUCCCAUUACGAGAAAUUUGGAGAUUUCGUCUGGCGCAGCGAGGAUGAGCUGGGGCCCAGGAAAGCACACCUGAUCCUACGGAGGCUGGAGAAAGUCAGCAGUCACUGCUCGACCCUCUUACGCAGUGCCUAUAUCCAGAGCCGCACUGAAACCAUGCCCUAUUUGUUCUGCCGCAGCGAAGAAGUCCGGCCGCCCGGCAUGGUCUGGUACAGCAUCCUAAAAGACACCAAAGUAACGUGUGAGGAGAAGAUGGUCUCCAUGCUGCGCAACACGUACGGAGAAUCCAAGGGGCGGUGAGGGAAGGUGUAGGCCUGGAGCUGUGGGAGGCGCAGGGACUCUGAGGAGUCAAGGACUUGUGAAAUGCUGAGUGGCUGGUGGGGUUUGGGGGAAGGGUUUGGGGGGGGUGGAAGGGGACAGCAAGGCCAAACAGGACUUUCUCACACAGACGGCAGAGAAACAAGAAAUCAGCAAGUUGGACUUUAAUUUCCUUUCCUUUUUUUUUUUUUUUUUAAUUUUU